AUGAAUAAAAUAUAUGAGAAUAAAAAGGGCAAAAUAAUCAUUCCUAGAUUAUUUCAAUGCAGAGACGGAAAUAUAAACUUUGACCUGUUAACUCUCAAAGAUGUCCUGGGAAAUUCCCUCGGCCAUCUCUGUCUCAGUGGAAAAUACGUGAAAGUAAAAUUUAAGAGCAAUAGAAGAAGAUAUACUUAG